CAUCCAAUAAUGAAGGGACCCUCUGCAUUUAUUUCUCACCGCACAAAACGUGUAUUCAACUGCUUGAGUCUGCAAAUACACUUCGCUACGAGGAUAUUACGCUGAAUGUGGCGUUGAAAUGUGUCUUCAGUUGCGCUAUUCAUUAGCUGUUUGUGCGCAUUAUUUCUAACUGCCUGGCCAUACUGACUUGACCUGAACUAGUUAAAAUGUCCCAACUCGAAAGGGCGAAGUCUGCACAGCAACAAGAAUCAUGAUUGCGUUGCGCACUGCCUAAGCAUCUAGUGCGCUUCUGGUCCAAUUGCUGAUGCUUUCCGCCUGCAAAAUCUGCCACAACCGUGGUAAUACCUUGACAACCGGACCCGGGCAAACCGAGAAACAUUUUUGACAACUCGACGGCGGGGAAUCUUUUUUCUAAAUCAAUACGUUGAAGUUUGUUGGACAGGUCCUCGGAUAUUCCUGCACGAAAGUUCUCACGCGACAAUUAAAAAUGAAGUACUGGUGCACUCAGAAGUCUUCAUCAUCAGGCAAUCUGACCUAAUAUAUUUGGUUAACCUGUCAUGCCUCUUCCACAGAAUCGUUUGAUAUGCAUUGAAAAAUAUCGUCUGCUCGAUGCAAAUGUAAAAAAAAAAAUAAAAUAAAAAAGCUUGCAGGCUAAGCUUCACAUGGAUGCAGUUUCUCAUUCUCAGGCAAUUUGGUUCUAUAAUGUAUUCACUGUAGACUAGUAACGCAUUCUCGCAAAACCAAACAAAUAGGCUACUUGGUUUAUUGCGCGUAAUAUGGAUGAUGUCUAAAAUGAUACUAGACAGCACUGAGUGCUCUGGACUUCACAAUCGGAUACGAUGGAGCUCUUGGAGGAGGAUCUCACAUGCCCAAUAUGCUGCUGUCUUUUCGAGGACCCGCGAGUUCUGCCGUGCUCUCACAGCUUCUGCAAGAAGUGUCUCGAGGGCAUCCUGGACGGUAACCGGGGACCUGCAUGGAGACCACCGUUUAAAUGUCCGACCUGUCGAAAGGAGACCGUGCACAACGGCAUCGCGAGCUUGCAAGUCAAUUACUCCCUACGUGGCAUCGUGGAGAAGUACAACAGGAUUCGAGUGAUGCCGAGGAUGUCUCUCUGCCGAGUUCACAGCGGACAACCGCUCAACAUUUUCUGCGCCACGGAUCUGAAGCUCAUCUGUGGUUUUUGCGCCACGACAGGUGAUCAUAAAGGACACAAGUUUUGCGCGCUGGAGGAGGCGUACGAACGCGAGAAGCUCGCGUUUGAGGAGUUGUUUCGUGUCGUGGAGGGCUGGAGGGGCGAGGAGGUGCAUUCGUGCCUGGAAUCGUUAGAGGGAGCGAAGAAGAAAGCGCUGGAGAGGGUGUCGCGGGACGCAGAUCGAGUCUCUGAGUACUUUGACAAACUUUUGCGCACGCUGGGGCACAAACGGAGAGAGAUCCUCUCGGACUUGGAGACUCUGAAGCUCGCGGUCAUGCAGACCUUUGACCCCGAGAUCAACCAGCUCCGUUCGGUGCUCGAGGAGCAGCGGCGCGCACUCAGCAUCGCCGAAUCCUUCCGUUCGCUCUCGGACCCGCUCACUUUCCUCCAGCAGAUGCAGGACUUCAGGGAAAAGCUGCGCGUCAUUCGGGGAACGCCGCUGCCGUCGCAGACGGCCGUGGAUGUGGGUUUGCUUGGCCUGCAGAGCUUCGAUGUGAAGGAAUGGGACCGGGUGCUUCUUGGAGAGGUGGACAAGCUGUGCGCCCCCUACGAGAGCAGCACCUACCUGGCUUCGCAGCCCUCUGCUGCCGCUCCGCGCUUCUCCCGUGUGCAGUGGAGAGUUGUUCUGGUUAUAUGUGCGUGCCUCCCCGCGCUGAACUUUCUCCCGUCGGACUGUCUCGCUCUGGGCUUCCAGGAUAAGGUGGUCGCACUCAGUGGCUUUUCUCUGCCCGGUCCUGGAGAGAUUGUGCGCUGGUUUGGGUUCUGCUGGAAAGAAGCGGAAGCGAUCUGCACGCUACUAACCGAGCUGUGUCGGAACUGUAUCUUGGACCUGAUAAACACAACAUCAGAUUUCAUCAGCUGAUUUGAUAACUUCAUUCAUUAGGUCCCAGGAAUUGAUGCUGCAGCACAUCACGGCCUGCAUCUCUGUAUCACCACAAACCAUUCUGUGCUGCUACACCAUCACCUAGAGAGGGUCCCUCUCUCUCAAUCACACACUCACACCCUCGGCAACAUGACCAAGCACUGCCAGAAUCACAGAGCGAGUGACUCCUCUCCUCUGCUCUCUCUCUCAGCAGGGCUUGAGGCAUUCCAGGACUCCAUCUGAAACACAGAAGAGAGGAGGACGCUUGAGUGAGAACAUACACACAGUAGCUGGACGUGAUGCUGUCAGUUUGCAGUAAAAUACUUCAGUGUCUACUACUGUGUUUGCCUG